UCUCAGGCGAGAUCCCUAAAAGUCAGUCAACAACAAGGGCCUACAAAUGGCGCAGGGCCUGUCCCACAACCACCGAAGGCAAGCAAACUUCCCCCAAUGGACGCUCAGAAAAACCAGCAAACUGAUGAAAUAUUGAAUGCCAUUCUACCUCCAAGAGAAUGGACAGAAAAUGGUCAACUUUGGGUUCAGCAAGUAUCCAGUACUCCAGCCACACGUUUAGAUGUUGUAAAUUUGCAGGAACAGCUUGAUAUGCGUCUUCAGCAGCGUCAGGCAAGAGAAACUGGUAUCUGCCCUGUACGACGAGAACUGUACUCACAGUGUUUUGAUGAAUUGAUCCGUCAAGUUACCAUCAACUGUGCUGAACGAGGACUUCUUCUGUUGAGAGUCCGUGAUGAGAUCAGGAUGACUAUUGCUGCCUAUCAGACACURUAUGAAAGCAGUGUUGCUUUUGGAAUGAGAAAAGCUUUGCAAGCAGAGCAAGGAAAAGCAGACAUGGAAAGCAAGAUAAGUGAGCUUGAAAAUGACAAACGUGAAUUGGAACGUCAAGUUAACGARUUGAAAGCAAAAUGUGACGCCAUUGAGAAGAGGGAAGCUGAGAGAAGGGCUGUCGAAGAGAAGAAACAUGCCGAGGAGAUACAGUUUUUGAAGAGAACUAACCAACAGCUUAAGACUCAACUGGAAGGAAUCAUUGCUCCAACAAAGAAAUAAUUUCAAUUGAUUUCAUCUUAGUUAUACGCUGUACAGUCCAUGUUUUAUUUGUUGUGUGAAUUGAUGCCUACCGUUUUGUGUGUACAUAUAUUAUCAAUAUUGCCACUAUUAAAAAAAUCAUUUCCUAA